AUGAAAUAUAAUUGCUUUUCUUUCUCUGUUUAGCACUUUCAGACCAUGUUAAAGACUAAGUUGAAUGUCCUAACUCUUCGGAAAGAGCCUCUCCCGACAGUGAUCUUCCACGAACCAGAAGCCAUUGAGCUGUGCACCACAACUCCCCUCAUGAAGACCCGGACUCACACUGGAUGCAAGGUUACAUAUUUGGGUAAGGUUUCCACAACAGGGAUGCAAUUUUUGUCAGGCUGCACAGAGAAACCAGUCAUUGAAUUAUGGAAGAAGCACACGCUCGCCAGGGAGGAUAUUUACCCAGCUAAUGCCCUUCUGGAAAUUCGCCCGUUCCAAGUCUGGCUGCAUCAUCUGGACCUCAAAGGCGAGGCGACAGUCCACAUGGAUACCUUUCAGGUAGCACGUAUAGCCUACUGCACUGCUGACCACAACGUCAGCCCAAACAUCUUUGCUUGGGUCUAUCGGGAGAUCAACGAUGACCUGUCCUACCAGAUGGACUGCCAUGCUGUAGAGUGUGAGAGCAAGCUGGAGGCCAAGAAGCUGGCCCAUGCCAUGAUGGAGGCCUUUAAGAAGACUUUUCACAGCAUGAAAAGCGAUGGCCGGAUCCACAGGAACAGCUCGUCAGAGGAAGUGUCUCAUGAAUUUGAAUCUGACGAUGGCUGACUGAACUCAUUCACGGGUCAGCAAAGGCAGAAAUGGCCUAGGGAAUGAGAGCUGACAGAUGAAUAAGCGACAAUAGAAACAGGGGAAUGAAAGGACUGCCAAACACUUGUCUGACCAGCUUUUUAAAUCAAAAGAGCAAUUCAGUACCUACAGAUAUGCAUCGUUAAAGUAAUUACAUUACAUUGAAAUCUGCUGCUGUGUAAAAGUGAGAAAAAAGUUCCCUCCCCCAUCUCUCUCACUCACCCAUCACUGUCCUUUGCUCAUCUGUGUAGUUCAGGUGCAUACCAUGAAGUAGAGUCAUUCCUGUUUGUCUUACAAGACUGGUCAGGCAAUUUUAUUAGUUGCGCCUCUGGCAUUCCUAGCUGGGGGCUGAUGCUGAUGCGCAAGAGCGAGUAGACCUGGAAAGCCCUGAUGGUUCCCGAAGAAUAUUUCUCCAUGAUGCAUUGCAAAAAUCCUUUGACCGUGUGUAGGCUAAGACAGCCAUACAUAGCCUUUUAGACUAAUGGCCUGGCAUUCUGCAGUUAAUUCACAUUUCACAGGUAAAAAAUGAAAGCAGAUGCUUGUAUGUACACAUUAUAUCAUAUGCUAUCCUUUAUUUUAUUCAUUGUACCUAUUUUCUUAAUAUACCUGCUGCCACGUUUUUCACCCAACACCAGUAGUUGCAGUUUCAGACUAUAUACUGCAGGAUACCAAAAAAGGGGU